AUACAUCCUUUUUCACUUCUCUCUCUCUCUCUGAGGAUAAAAAGCGGUUUUGUCUUCUUGAAAGCGGUUUUGCUGAUUUGCAACUUCGGAAAUAAUAUUUCUCAGAAGCCCCAAGCCCGCUGUAUUUCGACCAGCACUCUCGGAAGAACAAACCUGUUUUUGUUUUCUCAACAAGCAUUUUUUGUUUUACUUUUUGUAAUUUCUUUAUUAUUUCCGAUGAGAUUUGUCCCAGAGCAUGGCUUUAUCGGGCAAUGAGCGGUUUUUACCUCUGGUGGUGAGUGGUUUUCUUUGAAUGCACGGGUGUGUUUGGCGGGUUGUUGCCGGAAAGCCGGAUUUUUUGUUGAAAAAGAUGAAGCUGAGGAAACCGGUUCUAUUCUUGCUUUUCGUUACGGUUCUUGCUCCGAUUGUUCUGUACACCGACAGGCUUGGAAGCUUCACCAAUUCGUCCACUAGAAGCGAAUUCAUUGAGGAUUUCUCAACUAUCAGUUUCGGUGGUGAAACCGGAAAUUUGAAUUUGCUUCGACAGGAACCAUCUAAUAAUUUGAAAGAACCGAUUGGAUUCGUUUAUUUUGAUAACACAAGCACUGCAUUUUCAAGUUCUGAUGGAUCGACAGGGGAUAACUCCGGCGAAAUCAUUGAAUCCGCAAAUGUAUCGAAAUUGGAAGAAUCCAGGGAUCUUAAGACCAGAGUACUGUCAACGACUAAUGAAAGAACUCAGUCGGAAAAGGGGAACCUUAUCAAGCAGGUAACUGACAGAGCUGAGGGAGAAAACACAAACAAUGGCUUACAGAAACAUGAGUCAACUGUGGAGAAGAAAGGUGAAGAACAUGAUAACAUGGAGAAGGAAGAGAAACCUCAGUUGGCUGAGCAGACUUCCAACGAGGCCUCUGAUAAGAUGGUGACGGACGAUAAAAGUGGCAAGCAAUCUGCAAAAACCUCUAGUAAAGGUGAUUCAAAAGAGCAUCUAACAACAAACACUGAGAGGAGGAGUGACCAGACAGUUAUGCCUGAUGCUCAUGUCCGACAACUUAGAGAUCAGUUGAUCAGGGCAAGGGUUUAUCUUGGACUCGGUGCUACAAGAAACAACCCACACUUCAUAAGGGAGCUCCGACUGCGGGUCAAAGAAGUUCAGAAAGCACUUGGAGAUGCAGUCAAGGAUUCUCAACUUCCAAGGAAUGCCUAUGACAAAAUGAAAGCAAUGGAGCAAACAUUGGCCAAGGGCAAGCAAAUCCAAGAUGAUUGUGCGGCUGUGGUAAAGAAGCUCCGUGCUAUCCUCCACUCAACAGAAGAGCAGCUUAAAGUGCACAAGAAGCAGACCAUCUUCUUGACACAACUUGCAGCAAAGACCCUUCCCAAGGGUCUUCACUGCCUUCCUUUACGCCUUUCAACUGAAUACUUUUCUUUGGAUCCUGGCCAACAGCAAUUUCCAAAUCAAGAGAAACUAGAAGACAAUAGGCUGUACCACUAUGCACUAUUCUCAGACAACAUAUUGGCAUCUGCAGUCGUUGUAAACUCAACUGUUUUUCAUGCCAAGGAUCCAGAAAAACAUGUUUUCCACAUUGUAACCGACAGACUUAAUUAUGCAGCAAUGAGAAUGUGGUUUCUAGCUAAUCCACCAGGCAAAGCUACUAUCCAGGUUCAGAACCUUGAAGAGUUCACAUGGCUAAAUUCAAGUUAUAGUCCAGUACUGAAGCAGCUUCUUUCUCCAUCCAUGAUAGAUUAUUACUUCAAGGCUCACCGUGCAAACUCUGAUUCAAAUUUAAAGUUCCGGAACCCAAAGUACCUAUCUAUCUUGAACCAUCUCCGCUUUUACCUGCCAGAGAUCUUUCCAAAGCUCAACAAAGUUCUCUUCUUAGAUGAUGAUACAGUGGUGCAGAAAGACCUUACUGGACUUUGGUCGGUCAAUUUAAAAGGAAAGGUUAAUGGUGCAGUAGAGACCUGUGGAGAAAGCUUUCACCGUUUUGAUCGGUACCUCAAUUUCUCAAAUCCACUCAUUUCUAAGAACUUUGAUCCCCAUGCCUGUGGGUGGGCGUAUGGAAUGAAUAUCUUUGAUCUGGAGGAGUGGAAAAAGCAGAACAUAACAGGGGUGUAUCAUACAUGGCAGAAACUGAACCAUGACAGACGACUGUGGAAGUUGGGAACUCUACCACCUGGUCUGAUAACGUUUUGGAACCGCACACUCCCCCUUGAUAGGUCUUGGCAUGUGUUGGGUCUUGGCUACAAUCCAAGUAUGAACCAGAAGGAGAUUGAGCGAGCAGCAGUGAUACACUACAACGGAAACAUGAAACCAUGGCUUGAGAUAGGCAUUCCCAGGUACCGGAACUACUGGGCAAGAUUCAUCUACUAUGAUCAAGUUUAUUUGCGAGAGUGCAACAUCAAUCCGUAAGCAGACCAUGCAUCCCACAUCCAACUUUCGAUUUUUUUCCAACGCCAAAUGUAACAUAUGUUUUUUGCAUCUCUGUGUUACCUUGGUUUCUUUUUUUCUUCUGAAUCAAAAGUUGUUACUUUCAAGACUGAACCCAAGAGCAGUCAGUAGCAGUCUUGGCACCCCCCACCCCCCAAUUCACAAAUCUUUCUCAUCUCUUAAAUUUGUUUCCAGUUCCAUCCGGGAAAAAAGUGCAGAUACAUUUGUAAAUGUUUCAGUGAUUAGUGAUUGAAGUUAACAUAAGUUUAUACGUUUUAUGA